ACAUUUCUGUUGAUAACCCAAAUACGAUCAAUCUGGCACUGUUUAACUUAAAAUUUAUGUUUAAUUACUUCGUCUAAUAAAAAAUAAUUAGUUUGUAGUUUCAAUAGUAACAAUUAUAUAAAUUUAAUACUUGAUGGCCGUUGUGCUAUCAUGUUUCAAAAGAUGCUUCGACAGCAUGAAAUACGCAGAACAUGUUACGUAUCCAGAAAUAAAUCUGAUAUGCUUGGACACCAGCCGAAUGGGUAAUGAAGUAGUAAUUGUGAAAAAUGGCAUGCGGAUAUGUGGUAGUGGUGGCGUUUUGUGCACUGCACCGAUAGUACAAAAUAAAUGUUACUUUGAAGUGAAAGUGCAGCAAUCAGGAAUCUGGGGUGUCGGCUUAGCCUCAAAUGAUGUAGAUCUGUCUAAAGCACCAGGAGGCCACGAUACAUGUUCAUGGGUUUUGUGUAAUGACGGUGCCCAGAGGCACAAUCAGCAAGUGAUCAAAGCCAUAGACAAUAGCAUCGAAGAGGGUGAUGUUAUUGGCAUUUAUUACGACCACGUUGAGCUGAACUACUCAAUUAAUGGUCAAUCGAUCAAUGAACCUAUUACAGGAAUCAGAGGAACUGUUUAUCCAGCUCUUUUUGUGGAUGAUGGUGCAAUAUUAGAUAUAGUAUUGGAAAAGUUUUCAUAUCCACCAACUAGUGGUUACGAUAAAAUUAUGCUGGAACAAUCAAUACUUUAAAAGUUAUCAAGUAUUCCUUUUUAUUUUAUUCAUUCCAAUUAAUAACAUUAAUAACUAAUGUAUAGUUUCAUAAUUUUUCUUUUGUGAAAAACCAUGAAUUUUAAUCUAGAAAAAACUGUUAAGCAAACUUAUGGUUAAAUAUAUAGUAACGAUAUAAAAUCUACUUGAACCCUAAACCAUACCAAUUAUACACUCAGUCUGUUGUUAGCGCUGAAGUUGACAACAUCGUUGUCGUAACACUUGUACGCAAGAAGUGUAUAAUUUUUAUGGUUUAGGGUUCAAGUAGAUUUUAUAUCUUUACUACAUAAAUUUUAACUAUAAAUAUCUAGUGAUCAAUUAUUUUAUUAUCAAUGAAUCUGAAAAAAACGUAUUGUAAGUUUUCAUACUAUCUUAGUACUACUUAUUAUUUAUUUAUUCUAUUGUGAUCUUAUGAACAACUAUUAUUUAAGAACCUAUCCUAACUAUAAAACAAUGUAUACCCAGUGCCUUUAUUUAUUUUGCAUAAGCCUCUCUCAGGGUUUACUCCAUUUAUAUAUUAUUUGUAAAAAAUGAUUUGUCACUCAUAUUUUUCAAAAAAAAUAAUUCCUUUAUUAUUUUUAUUUGAAUAAUUUAUUUAAUUUUUUUAAAUUUAUUUUAUAACGACAUUUGUAAUAAUUUUUAAAUUAAAAUGUAUUACUAUGGCUCUUGAUUUUUACUGGGUAAUACCAGUAACAUUAUAUACCCGAGUACAAGCUUAUUAGUUUGAGUACCUGUUAUUUAUUAAUUUUUUCAAUAGCUUUAAUUUAAAAAAAAUUCUUAAUAAAAAAAUUAUAUGUACCUGAAUCAUAUUCGGCAUAAACGGGUAAUAUUGUACUCGGGUAAUAUUUAAAAUACAUUAGUAACAAGUGCUCUAUUAAUUAUUAUUUUAACGUCUUGUUGCUGGAAAUAGCAAGAAAUUCGUUUUUUGAAAAAAGUCAAACCCAGUUUAGUUUUACUGGGUGUAUAAUUGAAUGGUUAAAAAAACCAUACUUUAGAAUUUUAUUUCCAACAACCCCCCCUCCCAUUUUUUUUCUAUGAUAUUUUUAAUAUGUACACGUAAUACCAUUUUAAAUUCUAUUGUUAUUUAUUUACUGAGCAUUAAACGUAUACUUAUAUUUACUAUACAAAAUAUAACAUAUAUAUAUAUAUUUAAAAGACAUAAUUAUGCUAAAUCAUAAUAAUUUAUUUUGUAAUAUUAAAGUAACUCGACUAGAAUUUUGUUGAUCUUUGUUAUAUACAAAUACCAGUGUGUCAUUUAAAAGAAAAUCAACGCUUUACAUUUCAAUUAAUAUUGAAUAUAUGUGUUAUUCUUAAUUAUAAAUACUCACACAUAUAUAAUUUAAAUUGUAAAUGAUAUUGCCUUACCAGUAUUAGUACAGCUACACCAAUUUCUGUUGAUCAUUGUGAUGUUAAAAAAAGAAUACAAUAAAAUUGUGAUGUAAUAAACAUAAAUUAAAACUAUGACCUGUAAAAUGUAUUCAUGUUUUGUGUAACCCGGCUUAACUCAUGAUUGUAUAAAGGAUUAAAUACAAAUUGUGUUUUAUAAAACAUUUAAAUACCAGUACUAAUUUAUUUAAUUAGAUUUAAUAAAACAAUUAAGUCUACUUAUUUGAAUGGACAUUACUAUAAUUUAAGUCUAAAAAAAUAUUAGUAAGUAUACUAAAUUCUAAGUUGAGAAUA